AUGCAUUUAGAUGACCCUCUUAUGUCCCUCCUCGACGAGACUACUCGGUAUUACUUAGACUAUUAUAGCAGAUGCGUUUGCAAGCUCUUUAUUAUGUAUGACAGCACCGUGAAUCCGUUAAGAAACGUAAUAGCAGCUGCAUUCGACAGUCCACUCUUAUUGUCUUCUAUUAUUGCACUUUCAGCACGUCAUAUGGCAAAUACAGGGCUCUCAUUUUCUCAAGGUGAAAUGGUAAUUUCUUCAACAACUUUAACAGCCGCCGACCGGAUCGCUCUCCGCUUCAAACAUAAGACGCUACAAGGGCUUUCAGAUGCUGUAAAUAAUCCUACGUUGCGCGCACUGGACACAACGGCCACUAGCGCCUUUUUGUUAAUGUUUCUUGAUCUCCUUGAAUCAGGAAGCGGCACCUGGAAUAUACAUCUGGAGGGAGUCAAGAAAAUAAUCACUCAGAUUGAACCACCCACUAAGCCAAAAGGAACAACACAAGGAGAUCUUAAUUCAUAUAUUAUAAGCAUACGAGACUUCAUCACUAGGCAGAUUUACGUGAUCGAAAACCUCGGACCAACAUACACGAAUCCCAAAAUAUUGUCAAAUACGUCUAUCCCUUUGCAAGCUGUUAAAAGGCCACUACAAAAAAAGCUGGAACAUUCGUACUUGGGAUGCCCUGAGUAUAUUUUAGACGCUCUUGGGACCUUUUCUUCUUGUCGAGAUUUUCUCGUGUCCUCGCAGCCGAAGAGCGAGGUUAGCCUUGAUACACGUAUUCAGAAAGUGCAUUACAUUCAAGAGCUUUCUAAGUUAGCAGAGUCCUAUAAAUUAGGGGCUCAGAUAUAUGGCAGACGCAUUCUUGAUGCUCUUAUUGGAGAGGAAACCACUCAGGACCACCUCGUGCGUCGGCUUAUUGGCGUCAUUCAUGAAUUAAAGAGUGACGCCAACUUGUUCAAAUGCAUACUCUGGCCAAUGGUCAUUGCAGGAUUGGAAUCCCAUCAAGAGAUGCACAGAGAGUUUAUAUCAAGUUGCCUGGAGAAAUUUUGGCUUGAAACAAGAUGUUUGAAUGUGGUGAAUACUGGCACUAUACUUCGUAAGUUGUGGCAGUGGGAAGAACGGGAAGUGUCGACCCCGACGCAUUGGAUAUUCAGGAUUGGUCAAUUAGGGGGCGACUGGCUCCUUGUAUAA